UAUAUACAGCAAGUGAUGUCAGAAUAUCGUGUAUGUUAUGUUUGUGGCGGCAAUAAAAGGGAUAACCCGGCACUUAGACUUGGCGAGAAUUAUGUGCGAAAAGGGAGCGGUGUCUACACGUGUGAAAAGGACAGGCAAUGGUUUUAUAAAAAUGCUAAUUUAAGGAAAGUUUGUCCAAAAGGGGAAAUGGAUGUAAACGCUCCGGAAAAUUGUGAUAUAAGUGUGUGCCCGGCCUGUAAGCUACACAAGUGUUACAGAAUAGGAUUGAAACUCAAAUCACAAAACAUCGCCAGUCAUACUACUAAUGGCUAUCAUUUGCCAGGAUUUCAAUCAAUACAAUGGGCAAAUUGCAGUGUUAGCAAUGACCAGGGUCAGCAAUCAGCCAUAACUAUGCUAACUAUUAAUGGAGACCCGACUCAUCCAUACAUUCAGCCCAAUAAUCCAGUUGCAAAUAAUGACUACAAUUUUGCCGUAAAUUCAAACUUAACACCGACUGUGGGUCCAAACAACCAGAUACUACAACCAGUUGCCGGUCCCUCGACUACAGUUCCUUCAUAUACCACUAUUUUGGGCUCAUAUCCAGAAAGUGCUAAUACAGAAAAUGAUUUAUCAGCGGAACUGUUAGAUAUGACGGACAUCGAGAUGAUAUCUACUGACGAGAUGGGAGACAAAGGGAUAGAGAAUCUGAAUCCCAAUCAAGACUUAACUCAACAAUCACCGCAAACAUCAGUUCAUAAUACUAUGGCAGUUGAUCAGUCGGCGACCUCUGGAUCCACUCAAACCAUUGCACACAAUAAUACAAUUGCGAGACAAACAGACACUUCCAUUGAUGACACCAUCGAUGAUAUGAUAUUUACAUUUGCAAACAAUAUUAACCUCGGAUUG